AUAGAUCUUUAGGAUUGUAAGGUCUUAAAGAUUAAACAACUCCCAUCCAAUGCCAAGUUCAAAGAAAUGCAGGUAUAUUUUCAUUCAUUCAUUCAAGAAACUCAUUCAAAUCUUAGUUCCUUGUUGAAGAGUACAAGAAGGAUGUGCCCGGCACUGCCAGAUGUGGGCUUUAUACUGUACAUUACCCUUUCAUGUGGAUUGGUUGAUGUAGAGAUUAUCCCAGAUUACUUAAAGCUCAUUACAGGAUUAAAAUCAGGUGUUUCAUAGUUGCUGGUGGUAGCAAGACCUCACUUGUUGACCCACCCUCACUGUUGUCGAUCAAGUUUUUUUUGGAAAGGACAGAGAUAGUUUGACUGGGGUUUCUUCAGGAUAGCAUUUGAACAAUUGUCACCGGACAGCUUUUCUUGGUUUUGAUGGGCUAAAAACCACAGGUAUCUGACUGUUUUCAAGGUGUUUCCAAGCCAUCCAGUCCCUAGAUUCUCUCAAUGACCAAAUAGUCCAGUUCAUCUUCACCCCAAAGUCGGCCGAAUGCGAUGUCAGCGGAGCCAGCACGGGUGACAGCCUCAAGCCACUAGAGCGUGACUCGCUGAAAUCCAACCUUGCGCUGAUGCGCAGACUCCUUGUUGAUGCACAGGCCAAGUUCCACCGGAUGAUGGACGAUAAUAAGAAGUUAGCAGCAAAGAUUGAUAACUCAUUACAGAACGCCAAUCAUGAAGUAGAUUCCUUGAGAGAAGAACUUGCUGAUACCAACAAGAGAUUAAGUCAUAUGAGCACCGAUUCAUCGCCCACCACACCCGACAACGACCAGGAUAACAAAGAAUGGCAGAAGCAGCAGGACCAGCAUGAACUGCAGAAGCUGAGAGACAAGUGCGCCCGACUGGAGAUGGAGAACAAGAGUCUGCUCAAGCAGAUGGACGAUGCUCACAUCCUGGAGCAAGACCAGGAUCAGGUACCGACCGCUCAGGAUAUCAAGAUACAGCUGACCCAGACGGAGCACGAGCUCGCAAGAGCCAAAGAAGCUCUCACCGCGAUGAAAGCAGAUCGGAAGCGACUGAAGAGCGAGAAGGUGGACCUCCUGAACCAGAUGAAGCAGCUCUACUGCACCCUGGAGGCCAAGGAGGAGGAGAUGAGGGACUUCAUCCGUAACUACGAGCAACGGAUGACGGAGAGCGACGCCAGCCUGAAGAAGAUCGUGGCGGAGAAGGAGGAGGUGGAGAAGGACAGGUGGGAGAUCUUGAAGAGGGCGCGGGAAGCGGCCGAGAGGUCGGUGGCGCUCAGGGAGCAGCUGGAUAAGAAAGAGAAGGAGAACGAGUCCUUGGAGGAAGAGCUUGAGAAGGUCAGAAGACAGCUCAUAUCCGAGAGGAAUGCCCCUCGCAUCAUGCUCAGCAAUUCAAGCAGCGUCAACGACUCUAUGAUUCUAGCCUCUCACUGCCGAGACGGCUCCAUUGGAUCUGAUAGCGUCCUCUCGCAAGGCCCGGAUGCUGCGGACGUCAGCAACGCAGGAUCCGACCUCCCAGAGACCCCACCCCUUUCAGCACGCAGCGUCCGUAAUACACAUUCUUUCAUAUCAGCCGACAGCGAAAGCCGAGAGUUCCUGCUGUCACCGGCCGAACAGCUCUCCAGGUCUUCUGAAGAACUAUGCAACAUCGAAACGGCUUCAACAACAUCGUCAAGGGAACGCUUUAAGAAGAGGAAACAGAAGAAAUUCAACUCGCUCUCCAAAAUAUUCGGCAAGAAGAACCGGGCCACACUGGAACAAAUAGUAUUUGAUGACACAAAUCUUUCAAGUUCAAGACACAGUAGCACCUUGGAGCUAUUCUCAUUGGACGAACAGGAGAAAGCGAGACUGGCUGAGAAAUGCAAGUCAACGCCGAUGUCGCAAUGGAAGGCAAACAUGGUUGUGGCGUGGUUAGAACUCACAAUGUGCCUUCCACAGUACAGCAGGGCAUGUGCAGAGAACAUCAAGAGUGGCAAGGUUCUACUAGGUCUUUCAGACAGUGAAUUGGACACAGGGAUGGGUGUGACCAAUGUGCUUCAUAGACGGAAACUCAGGCUUGCCAUCGAUCAGAACAAAGUGCCUAGUGAAUGCAAAUUCCCCAAAGCAGCUGAUCUUGACCAUUGUUGGGUAGCCAGGACGUGGUUGAACGACCUAGGGCUCGGCCAGCACUCGCUGAUCUUUGAAGCGGAGAGAGUGGACGGUCGGGUCCUAUCGACCUUGACCAAGAGAGAUCUAGAGAAGUACCUCAAGGUCACCAGGAAGUUCCACCAGGCCAGUCUUCUACAUGGCAUUGAACUGCUGAGGAUGCUCAAGUUCAACAAAGCGAUGCUAGCAGAGAGACGAACCCAAAGUGAGGACAUUGAUAUGGAUCCGUUAGUCUGGACCACACAGAGGGUCAUGAAGUGGGCCAGAAUAAUAGACCUUAAUGAGUAUGCAGACAACCUUGUCGACAGUGGUGUCCACGGCGCCCUCAUGGUCCUAGAACCUUCCUUUGAUUCCGAUGCCAUGGCCAACGCACUGGGAAUCCCAUCCAGUAAAAACAUCAUCCGAAGACACCUUACAACAGAACUCAACGCGCUCGUCCUACCAGCGAGAGCGUCCCUGCAGCCUGUCAACGGUACCAUGGACGCCAGGCAUAGACGAGCCAGUUCUGGGGCGCUGGGCGGCGGAGGGUUCCAAAGGUCGUACAACACCAAUGGAGAGGGCAGGAGUAAACCAACGUUCAGGGGCUCACUUGGACGAGCUCUUGGACGGAAGCUGCGUCAGGAUAUGAACACUUACAACUCGAGCUUCGGCGCCAUGCCCGAGCAGAUCCGCUCUAAAUCGCGAAGCCAGGAAUUCAGCCAGGAGAGCACCAUAGUAUAGGGCGCCUCCUUGUGACACGCCUGAUGCAUUCUUGCUCUGAACAUAUGGUGGUAGACUUACAGAUAUCUUUUGCCUUUUUUGUGGAUGUAAGAAAGGCCUCCAGAUUGUGCUAUUUUUGUAUGGAGAUUACUAAUGACAAACUCCGAAGGAAAUAUUGAAAGAAUAUUGAAACACUUGCCAGGAUGGAAUAAAACUUUACUUUUUGUGUGGAGAGAGAAAUGAAUAAGGAAUUAACUAUGAUGAUUUAACAGAAGACGAGCAGAAGUUGAAUCAGAAUCAAUUGAUAUACGUGGAGCAUCAUUAUUUGUCUUCAUUUCAUAAGGGUCACCAACUUCGGGAUCUUUGAUGGCUUCUUUAGAAUGAUCCAUGCUUGAGUUGCCAAUUUAAAGAUGGCUCUGAACAUGAUGUGAUGGACGUAACUGUGAAGCCAAUGAAGGAGUGUUUUAUUGUAUCCUAUCGUGCUCUAACUUAGGAGGAAUACAGGAGAAUCAAAGAGUCAUAUGACUGUGAAAUGGAUUUAAUAAUGAAACCAUGAAAGGUUCCCAACAACACCGAGGGAUGCAGCUAGUAGAGAGAAUUCUUUAAAUCAUCUGCAUUGAAGGCACUUACGUGUAGCAAUGUCGAUGAUCAUUUACACUUUGAUGAUUAUGUGCACAACUUCUUUCAAAAGUGUACGAUCUCUUUCAAAAGUGCUGUAAAGAUACUCAGAUGAUAAAAUAGUCUUUGGUGUAGCAAAAUAUAUAGAUAAAUAAAUCUUCACGAAUUACAUGGGCAAUUCCAUAAGAUAAUCAACUUACAUGUAUGUAUGUCUAACCCCCCAUUUUUCUCCAGUCUUACAUAACUUCCACUGCUACUUCUGUGAUAAUUUGAGAGCGUUAUAAAAAAAAUUCUUAAAAACUAGAAAAUACAGACAAAGGAAAGUCCCAGGGGGCCGGACAUAGAUAUUUUAUGGAAUUGCCCAUGAUGAUGAUGAAUAUUGAAAUCAUGAAAUGAUCAUGGCACAAAACAUCGUCAUGGACUUCGAGAAUUCAUAGAUAUGUUUGUGCCCCCAAAGAAAAUUAGAUACGUAUUAGUUAUCUCAGGAUGUAUUCAUAGUCUUCAUCUCCAGGUGUUUCAUUGGACAGAGUGUCUAAUUCGGUCUUCUCUUAGACUCGUGAUCCCGAUACUUAAUUCAUCUGUACAUACAGAGAUCAUCAUCUAUGCAGAUUAUUAGUGAGUGUUGUGUUUGUGUGAAUGAUGAUUUGCGAAUUAUUAUAUUUGAUGAGUGAGUGAGUGUAUACUGCCAAAAACAGUGGGUGUAUUAAAAUUGGAAAUGAGGUGUUAGCGAAAGUAUAACCAGGAACCGAUUGCACAAAGAGUUGCACUCGAUUGUUACUCCAAACAUCGAAUGCAACUUGAUUUUUCAACCACUCAGAUGUGGGUAUUUAGGAUUAAUUCAUUGUUUGCAUAUAUCUUUCAAAUCUUACUUUUUGUGCAACUAGCCCCCCGGGCAUUGUUUUAAUAGCAUUCUGCAAGAAAUGUUAUCAAGCUACUGAAAUCAUAACCAACUAUUGGUUAAUCUUGUCAUUGAAAUUCAGCAUUAGUUAUCGAUGAUAAGCUUGUUAAACAGAUCCUUUGCGUGUUUGGCUUAGGAACAUAUUAAUUGAAUCCUGUAUACGUUGCUUAGACACAUUAAUGGUAAACAAUAGUUAAUAUCAAUUGUAAAAUUGAAGUAAACAUAGAUUCAGUUAUUGAAAAUUAUAUAUUUGAUUAAUCUUGAUUGUUGAAAAGUAAUAAAGAUCUGACAAUUUUUUCUUCGUUCAAAAGAGGGUGGGAUUUUUUUUUUUAAAGUUACCUAUUAUUUUAUCAUAAAGUGAAUUUUAUAAUUCUGUUAGAAUAUGCAGUCUUAAAAUAGGAGGUCUAUUAUCCUGUACUAAUUCCGUACAUGUAGAAUAAGAAAUCAUUGAAAAUAUUGAGAUUUUGAAUAUUUAAAAAUGAAUUUAACCAAUUUUUAGGUCACAAUUAUCUAAUUGCUUGGUUUAAAGAUAGAAAUAUUCUCAACUUAGUGUUGACCUCAUCACAUUGAAAUUACAGCCAUAAAAAUAGUUAUAUAUAUGUAUACAUCGAGUGCUGACCAUGCUAAUUGUGUGUAUAUAUUUUGUUACAUUUCAGCAUUGCUAGAUUUUUAUGUACAUUUGAAGAAUUUGAGUUAUGUUAAUGUGCAAUCUACAUAUUAAGUUUGACAUUAUUGCAUCACAAUAUUAUUUCAACAGUAUCAUAUUUUUUAAAUGUUUUACCCAGAUGUAUUACCAUUUUGUAUGCUUUUAAUGUGGUAAUGAAAAGGUCUAAACAAAUUCAUGAAUUGCAAUUGUCAGAAUGCAAACGAUUCUCAUCAAAUCUUUUAUAACUAGAGAGAUAUUAUUUUCCACCCCUAUUUUGUUGUUAUUUUGAAGAUACAUGUAUUUAUGCUCAUAUAUUUGCACAAGAUUAUCAGUUUAUGCGACUCUGUUGGUACUUCAGCUGUGUGUUAAAUAAAGCACAUGUUUUGUUUUCAUGACCAGGGAUUAUCUAAUCUUUCUUUAAAAAAAAAUAGAUUUCUGCACUUUGAAUUAGAAUUUCCAAUAAUCUGUAAUUGAAUAUGUCUAUGUUGAGCAAUAAAUUUAAUCACAAGUAUUGUUAUGAGAGGCUAAGAGCUCAUAUAUGAAUAUUUCAAAAGAUUAAUAUAAAGAGAGAUAGACUAGAGAAAGAGGAAGAGAUCAGAUCAUCUCUGGCGCCCUCUAGUGGUCUUUCAUGUGCCAUGUCAACAUUCAAUUUAUUUUUUUUUCAUUUUCCAAAGAGAGCCUUGCGUUUAUGUCAUAUUCAUUCUUUUCUUUCAUUCAUGAGCUUGCUUUCACACGAUGCAUUUUGAUGUUUUGAUUUUUCCAAAUUGUGUUGAAGAAAUUGUUUUGGAGUACACCAUCUUAUCUUAAUGGGACUGUAGAUACACAUUCGUCUACAUGUAAUUAGCGAACGUAAUUGGGAAGUACACAAGCACUGAUAUAUAUGAUUUGUUUUAAUGCACAAGCUGUGUAUUUAGAUCAUUUAAAUAGUGUCACACAACUGCCGAAAGUGUUUUGAUUGUUUUCUUGUAAAUUGGCAAUUUUUUUUUCUUUUCUUCUAUGUACAACAAAUAAUUCUGAAUGCAUGAAUUUAAAUUACAAAAGUAGUUCAUGAAUUUUUUUUUAGAUUAUUCAGUAAUCAGGAUGGGAUUCUCAAUGAUUUUUUUUUCUCUUUUAUGAAAGAAAUGAUGCUUUAUGAUAUCUAUUUGUAUAUUUUGCACUUUGGAAAGUUUUCUUAUAGAGUGGAGUUUUGGUUUGGUUCCUGUUUUUCAUCAUUUCAUUGCCCUGUUACUGGGUAUGAAAACUUUAUAUAAUACUUUUUUUAUUCAUUUCAUUUUUUUUGGGGGGGGGGGGCAGGGGGAGAGGGUAUUGUCUUGAGAGGGUGAAAUUAUGUCCUAUAUUCUUUUAUGAAAGGUUUCAUUGGUAUAAUUUAUCUUGUGUUUGGUUAAAUGAUUUCCAUCCAAGUACAAACCUUUAAUGUUGUUUUGAUUAAGAAAUAAUUCCUUUCCCAUGGAUUAUGUAUUUGGUACCUUUUCAUUUUUACAAUAUUCUUUUAAAGACAUAUCUCUUUUUUCCCCUUUAAUUAUAUACGUCGAAAUAAUUCAGUUAUGAAUUCUUCAUGUAAUUUGUGUUUGGAACCAUAAUGCUACAUCAAACUUUAAUACUUUGUUGAACUAUUGGAUGAACAUACAUGUAAUAUAAUAUAACACAAGAAUCUGUUGAAAUUUUUACUACUCUGAAAUUUUAUAAAUCACAGAAUUUCAUGAUGGAGGGAGUGGAUGUUAUUAAUGAUUCAUGAAUAAUUCCCGUCUGGCGCUUUGUGAUUUUACACAUUUCCAAUUAUUUAUUGAAAUCCCCCGCAGAGACUGCCUUAUGUAAUGUAAUUAUAGAGGAGUAUGAGUGAUGAAUGAAUUAUACAUUUGAUUCUGAAACAGAGAGAUGUAUUUUGAUGAAGCUAUGAUUUCGAUAAUCAUGGUUUGUGAUUUAUAUAAAGAUCUAUGAAUAUAUAUAUGAUAAUAAAAUAUGAAUUCAGCAUUUGAUAUAUGAA